UAUUUAGAUUCAAGUAUGGAUAUACUGUAUCCCGGCAGCCUGCCGCCAGAACUCCAGGUGAACUCAGAUGAGCCUCCAGGGCCCCCUGAGCAAGUUGGACUGUCUCAAUUCCAUCUAGAGCCUGAAUCUCAAAAUCCAGAGACCCUUGAAGAGAUCCAGUCCUCUUCACGCCAGCAAGAAGCCUCAGCGCAGCUUCCACAGCUCCCUGAGGAGGUAGAACCUUCUUCAACCCAGCAGGAGCCCCCAACCCAGCCUCUAGAGGAGGUAGAACCUUCUGCAACCCAACAGGAGGCCCCAACUGAGCCUCCAGGUCUUCCUAUGGAGCCUGAACUUUCCCUCAGUGAGCAGGAGCAGCCAGCUCAGCCUUCUGAAUCUUAUGGGGAGCUUGAACCUUCUCAGACCCAGGAGGAGACCCCAGCUCUGCCUCCAGAAGAGAUGGAACCUGUAAUCCAAGAGGAGACCCCAACUGAGCCUCCAGGUCCCCCUAUGGAGCCUGAACUUUCCCCCAGUGAGCAGGAGCAGCCAGCUCAACCUUCUGAGUCUUCUCCAGCCCAGCAGGAGACCCCAGCUCAGCCUCCAGAACAUCACGAAGUAACAGUUUUACCUGCAGGUCACCAUCAAGCUCAGCAUUCAGAUUUUCCCAGUGUCACUGUUAAGCCUCCAGACAUGCAGCUUACCAUAGCAACAGAGCCUACUGCAGAGAUGGGAACUUCUCCAAUCCACCAGGAGGCUAUGGCUCAGCUCUCAGGGUCAGCUAAGGAUGUAGAAUCUUCUGCCACCCAGCACGGGACCCCACCUCUGCUUCCAGAGUCAUUGGAAGAAGUUGGACCUUUACCAAUUCAACAGGAGACCUCAGUUCAGUCUCCAGAACCUAUUAAGGAUGAGAACCCCUCUCCAACCCAGGAGGAGGCUGCAGCUGAGCAUCCACAGACCCCUGAGGAGGUUGAGUCUCCUCUCAUCCAGCACGAGGCCCCAGCUCAGACUCCACAGCUCCCUAAUGAAGUUGUAGCUCAACCUCCAGAGCAUCAUGAGCAUUCAACAUUGCCUAGUGUCACAGUUCAACCUUUGGACCUGGGGCUUACCAUCACUCCAGAAUCCACGACAGAGAUUGAACUUUUUCCAACCAUGCAGGAGACCACAACUCAGCCUCCUAAGAAAGUUGUACCCCAGCUUCCAGUGUAUCAAGAGGUAACAGUUCCAUCACCAGAUCAGGAUCAAGCUCAGCAUUCAAUGUCAUCCAGUGUUACAGUUCAACCAUUGGACCUGGGACUUACCCUAACUCCAGAACCCAGUACGGAAGUUGAACAUUCUACACCCCUGAAGAAGACUAUAGUUCCUUCAAAGCACCCUAAGGUGACACGUCCACAUCCAGACCGUGUUCAGACUCAGCAUUCAAACCUGACUCAAGCCACAGUUCAACAUUUGGAUCCGGGGCUUACCAUCACUCCUGAAUCCACUACAGAGGUUGAACCAUCCACAGCCCUGACUACUACGGCUUCUCCUCCAAAACACCCUGAGGUAACACUUCCACCUUCAGACAAGGGUCAGACUCAGCAUGCAAACCUGACUCAAGUCAUAGUUCAGUCUCUGGACCUGGAGUUUACCAUCAUGACAGAACCUACUACAGAGGUAAAACUGUCUCCAACCAUGGAGGAGACCUCAACUCAGCCUCCAGAUCUGAGGCUUGCCAUAACUCUAGAAUCCACGACAGAGACUGGACAUUCUGCAGCCCUGGAGAAGACUACAGCUCCUCGUCCAGACCAGGUUCAGACUCAGCGUCAAAACCUGACUGAAGUCACAGGUCCACCUACUGAUCUAGAACCUACUCAGGAUUCACUGGUGCAGUCUGAAACUUACGCCCAAAAUAAGGCUUUAACUGCACCAGAAGAACAGGCCUCCGCAAGCACCAACAUGUGUGACCUCUGUACCUGCAGAGAUGAGACGCUGUCGUGUAUUGAUCUCAGCCCAAAGCAGAAGCUCCGCCACGUGCCUGUGCCAGAGCCGAACACCUACAACGGCACCUUUACUGUCUUAAAUUUCCAAGGAAACUAUAUUUCUUCCAUUAAUGGAAAGGUAUGGAAGGCAUACCAUUGGACUGAGAAACUAAUUCUCAGUGAAAAUUAUUUGACUGAAUUACAUAAGGAUUCAUUUGAAGGCCUGCUAUCCCUCCAGUAUUUAGAUUUAUCCUGCAAUAAAAUACAGUCUAUUGAAAGAUAUACAUUUGAAUCACUACCAUUUUUACAGUCUAUAAAUCUUGGUUGCAAUUUACUCACAGAACUGAGCUUUGGAACAUUUCAGGCCUGGCAUGGAAUGCAGUUUUUACACAAUUUAAUUCUGAAUCGCAAUCCUCUGACAACUGUUGAAGAUCCGUAUUUGUUUAAAUUGCCAGCAUUAAAAUACCUAGACAUGGGAACAACACAAGUCCCACUUACAACAGUUAAGAACAUCCUCAUGAUGACUCUUGAAUUGGAAAAACUGAUCUUACCUAGCCAUAUGGCCUGCUGCCUCUGCCAAUUUAAAAAUAGCAUUGAGGUUGUCUGCAAGACAGUCAAGCUGCAUUGCAACAGUGCAUGUCUGACAAACACCACACAUUGUCUUGAAGAAGCAUCUAUAGGGAAUCCCAAAGGAGAGUUCAUGAAGGUGUUACAAGCCCGGAAGAAGCACACGAGCACUGAGCUUACUAUUGAGCCGGAGAUGCCCUCAGACAGCAAUGGCAUCAACUUGUCAGGCUUUGUGAGUGAGCAACUAGACAUCAAUGAUGAAAGUGAUGUUAUCAGUGCACUUAAUUAUAUCUUGCCUUAUUUCUCGGCGGGAAAUCUAGAAGAUGUGGAGGCAACAUUGUUACCAUUCAUUAAACUCCAACCACCGGAAAAUGGCCUGGCAAAGAUUCAAAGUAUAGGAAAAAGCCUGCAGAGAGCAAACAGAGUCCUCAUGGGCCCAAGGGAGCUGGAACAGCCUCACGUGGUGCAGAGGCCCGAGAAGUUAGUAGGAAACACCAUCUACACCAAGCCUUUGUUCACCCAAGAGCAUAAGACAGCGGUCUCCUCUUUGCUGAAACCCUUCUCCAUGGGUGGGCCUUCCGCCUCCACCUCUGCAAAAGCCCAACGUGAAAUAAGAAAUAUACAAAAAGACUUAACCUAUGCCAUUUUCAUUUUAGAAAAUGCAAAGGCUAGAGUUAAAAAUAUGAAGGCUGCUAAACCAACCAUAAAUUCCAGAAAAAAAUACCACUUUCAUAAAACUCGCUCCCGUGUGGUCCACAGAACACCCAAGGCCAAAAAGAGUCGAAAGUUCAGAAAGAAAAGUUCUCUCAACAGACUGAUGCUGGCGAAGAAGCCUCCGUUCUCUGCAGCAAAGAGCCUCAUAAAUUCCCCUUCAGAAGGGGCUUUUUUAUCUUCAGGAGACAGUAUUCAAAAAAAUUCUUUUCUGGAGGUAUUUGCUCCUUCAGAAGAUUUUAUGGAAACCACGACUGCAGGAAAUGCCUUUGAAGAAAACAUUUUUAUGGGAAACACUGCUAUGCCAGAAGGCACCAUCUCUGAAAGCACAACCUACAAUAAUCCUCCUGAGGCAGAUUCCGAUGGGACUGCGUUCAAUUUAGAGCCAACUGUUAAACAAACCAAUGGAGUACAAUGGGAAUACAAUGACCUGGGCACUGACCUGUUCCCCAAACCCAAAAACUUCAAUUACCCAUUGCUUUCGUCCCCUGGUGAUCAGUUUGAAAUUCAGCUAAACCGGCAGCUACAGUCCCUCAUCCCUGACAACAAUGUGAGAAGGCUCAUAUCUCAUGUUAUCCGGACCUUGAAGAUGGACUGCUCUGAGACCCAAGUGCAAUUAGCCUGUGCUAAGCUCAUCUCUGGGACAGGCCUGCUGAUGAAACUUCUCAGUGAACAGCAAGAAGAAAAGGUGUCCAAGGCAGAAUGGGAUACGGACCAGUGGAAAACUGAGAACUAUAUCAACGAGAGCAUGGAAGCCCAGAGUGAACAGAAAGAGCAGAAGUCAAGUGAGCUCACUAAAGUUGUUCCAGGAUAUGGCUACAGCAAACUCAUCUUGGCAAUAUCUGUGUCUGUAACUGUGACAAUGUUCAUCCUAAUUUUCUGUGUCAUCACGAUGUAUUGUCAUAGAAGGGCACCCAAGGAAGGUGAAGAAGCAUUCCCAAGGGGCAUUUCCAGAUAUCUGCCACACAGGACACACUCAUCAAAAAGUGCGACUCAAGGUGGCUUUUUCUUAAGAUGGCCACUCUGGCUUAGGGAUAUGUACAGACCUCUCAGUGCCACACGCAUGAAAAACAUGACACGGAAGCUGCAUGACAAGGAGUCUUCCAAUGAGGACGAGAUCUUCAACAGGGACACUGGGUAA